CACUCCGGAUAUAUAUAUAUAUAUACAUAUAUCCCUAGUACCUAGACUUGGUACCCUCACUGCUGCGAGAAGAUCGGCCGAGCACAUUUCCGGCAAGAUGCGAGGCGUCGCCGCGUUCCUGCUCUUCGUGGCGCUCGUCACUAUUUCUAGCUCGAGCCUCGCGCCCGACGAGGAACUAACGAAAAGUCUAGAGGAAGCCCUGAUGGACGACAAGUUUGCCAUCGCUGUGAAUCACUUCAAGUCGAGAAAAAAGCCAAUAAACAGCAUCGAGACGUUUUUCGCAGCCCAACACCCGAAUUCAAAAUUCAAGUUCGUUCUCAUGAUCGACAGACGGUCCAGGAGAGUUAUCGUGGAAGAAGUCGAGGAUAAGAAGUCACACCGGGAGCACCUGGUCGCCGACAGCUUGGACAUCGCCGAGCCCUUCAGGAGCAUAGUAUUGGUGGUGAGCCAACGGCCGCUGGCCGCCAAGGUCGAGAUCUACAUCGACUGUGCGCGCCAGGGCGAGCUCGUCCUCAGGAGGAGUCCCAGACAGAUGGCUCUAAGUGCCGGCGACUUGCAGCACCUCGAAGUGUUUCGGGAGCGGAGGUACAGAGUCAGGAUUUACGGUGAAUCCGAGAUCGAAGAGGCGGUGCGCAAAGAAAACUGUGGGGCCACGUCUCUGGACGACGUGGAUCACCACCAACACCACGACCUCAACAGUUUUGCCAAUUCGACGAGGGUACGACGGAGGGGCGACAUUCCCGGCGAAUUUCCGGCGCUCGUCGACCCAAACGGCUGCUACACCGAUGAGAUGAUGGCCAAGACCUUGAACCUCCUCAUCGACGCCAUAAAAAAAAUGUGGACGAAACUCGACUCGAACCUGGUCGAGACGAAGCGCAUCAGAGAGUUGCUGGAAAAUUGUGCCGCCUGCCACGAAAAACCAACACCUCCGCCGCCGCCGCCUCGCAGCUGCCGGUACAAUUCGCCGUGUUUCCCGGGGGCAGAGUGUCGCGAUGGACCCGCGGGGCCUCAGUGCCUGCGCUGCCCUACCGGCUACUACGGCGACGGGCGCAAUUGCCGCAGGUACCCCGGCUGUACCGACAACCCUUGCUUCGAGGGGGUCGACUGCAUGGACACCGCCACUGGCUUCACGUGCGGUCCCUGUCCGCGCGGCUACACGGGCAACGGGCAGCACUGCGAGCGGAUAAACGGGUGCCAGCCGAGCCCGUGCUUCCCCAACGUGGGCUGCACCCAACAGAGCGUCCCGCCGUACUAUCGCUGCGGUGGCUGUCCCACCGGGUACACCGGCAACGGGCUCAACUGCAUGCGCGAGGACGAAUGCGACCUCGCCAAGCCCUGCUGGCAGGGCGUCCGCUGCUACAAGUUCGACACCGGAUACAGGUGCGACUCUUGUCCGGAGGGUAUGACCGGCAACGUGUCGGAGGGCCGGGGUGUAGAUUACGCUCGCACCCAUCGCCAGUUCUGCCACAGGAUAGAUCCGUGCGGUGACGACAACGGUGGCUGCGUCGACAACUCCGACUGCUUCAACUCCGAGGGAACAGCCAGGUGCGGUGCAUGCAAAACCGGUUUCAUCGGCAAUCAAACAAUAGGCUGCCACCCAAUUACACACGACGUCUGCCCCGAUGGUAUUACAAGGUGUGAUCAACAUGCAGACUGCAUCUGUGUCGCUCUCGAUCAGUACUCUUGCAGGUGCAACGUCGGCUGGGCGGGCGACGGCCAAAGUUGUGGCACCGACUCGGACAGCGACGGCUACCCGGACGAUAGUCUCGAUUGUCAGGACCAACGCUGCCGAGCCGACAACUGCCCAAAGACACCAAACAGCGGCCAGGAAGACGCGGAUGCCGACGGCCUCGGCAAUGCCUGCGACGACGAUGCCGAUAACGACAACGUGCUCAAUCUAUCGGACAAUUGUCCACUGGUCCCCAACAGCGACCAAGCAGAUAGCGAUCGGGAGGGUCCGGACGAUGUGGGCGAUGUCUGUGACAAUUGUCCGUACGUCAAGAACAGGGACCAGCACGACACGGACGGCGACGGUAUCGGGGACGCCUGCGACGACGACAUCGACGACGAUGGUGUGCCCAACGACGAAGACAACUGCGUCAAGACUUGGAACGAGGAUCAGUUGGAUACCGAUCGGGACGGUAUUGGCGACGUGUGCGACAAUUGCCCGCGAAGCCCGAAUCCAGAUCAGGCGGACGAGGACGGGGAUCGGGUGGGCGACGUCUGCGACAACAACACCGAUCGAGACAAAGACGGGAUUCAGGAUGACAUCGACAACUGCAUCAACGAUCCGAAUCCCAGCCAGACGGACUCGGACAACGAUGGGAUCGGAGACGAGUGCGACGACGACGCGGACAACGACGUUGUUCCCAACGAGCGUGACAAUUGCCCUUACGUGGCGAAUCCCGAUCAAGCGGAUACAAACAACGACGGUAUCGGCGAUGCCUGUUACGACGACAAUGACAACGAUCAGGUGGCCAAUCUCGUGGACAUUUGCCCAAACAACAGCCGAGUUUGGGCUACGGAUUUCCGCAAGUACGACACCAUCGCUCUCGAUCCCUACGGCAAGACUCAGGAGGAUCCCAUUUGGGAAAUACACCACAACGGCUCGGAGAUCUACCAGACGAUGAACAGCGACCCCGGAAUCGCCGUGGGAUUGGAUAGCUUCAGCGGGGUCGAUUUCGAGGGCACGUUCUUCGUCAACACAGACAUUGACGAUGACUACGUUGGCUUCGUAUUCUCUUACCAAAACACCCGGCAAUUUUACACGGUGAUGUGGAAAAAGGUUUUGCAAACUUACUGGGAACCAAAACCGUUUCGAGCUGUUGCCGAGACCGGGAUCCAACUGAAGCUCGUCGAUUCGAAAACCGGCCCCGGGGAAAUCAUGCGCAACAGCCUCUGGCACACGGGCAACACUCGCGAACAGGUUAAACUGUUGUGGAAAGAUCCGCGUAAGGUCGGCUGGAAACAGUACACGUCAUACAGGUGGCGAUUGAUCCACAGGCCGAGGAUCGGUUUGAUUAGAUUGUGGAUAUACGAGGGACAAAGACUCAUUGCCGAUUCUGGUAAUCAUUUCGACUCAACUCUGAAGGGCGGAAGACUUGGUGUCUUUGCAUUUUCGCAGCAAAUGGUCCUCUGGUCGAAUCUCAGAUAUUCGUGUAAAGAAACUGUUCCUUACGAGGUGUACCGCACACUGCCUCCGAAUAUACAGACACUUGUACAUACCGACUACAAUCGUCCGUGAGCCAACGCACAAUCUUUCGGCCAAGUAUAACUUCUCUCUGACGUCGUUGCCCAAAAGACAAUUUUACUCUUACUUGGUAGUGCCGUUCGCAGCCCACCGUGCAACUUAUUGAGAGGGCAAAUCCAAACAAACUCAUGCAUACGCAUAUAUAAUAUAUAUGCGUAUGCCUGAGUUUGCCGAUACACAAUAUAAAUUUUGGUCUGAUGGCUAACGAUAAUGAUAUCGUUUUAAUCGAGUGCACUAGGAGCUACGUGUGAGAUGAGUGACAAGGACAUUUCAUGUUGUUUUGUACAUUUUUUUUCCAAAGAAAUUUAUUUUUAUUCGAAGG